AUGUUUGAUUGUCAUAAACUAGACAGGACUCUGAAUUUGGUGAAUAGCAUUGAUUUCUCAUCAAAUAACUUAGAAGGUGUAAUCCCUGAAGAAAUAAGCAGCCUCAGACUCUUGGGAACGUUGAAUUUGUCAAGAAAUCAACUAACUGGAAACAUUCCCUCAAAGAUUGGAAACUUGCGGUGGCUGGAAACUCUUGAUCUCUCACACAAUCACCUCUCGGGGCAGAUUCCUCAAAGUUUCUCUUCAUUGACCUCUUUGGCUCACUUGAACUUGUCUUUCAACAACUUGUCUGGAAGAAUUCCUUCAGGCAACCAACUUCAAACACUCAAUGAUUCAUCCAUUUACGAACACAAUCCAUCCUUGUGUGGGGUUCCUCUUUCAACUGUCUGCCCGGGAGAUGGCGCACUCGCACCAGCUGACCUUGAUGAUGGUGAUCAUAAUGAUGAUGAUACUGAUGAGAAUGGGAAGUUUGGUAUCUAUGUUAGCGCUGUCCUCGGCUUCAUCAUAGGCUUCUGGAGUGUUUGUGGCACAUUGGUUAUGAAGAAAUCAUGGAGGUAUGCCUAUUUUCGAUUCUUUGAUAACAUAAAGGAGAGGGCAGCAUUAGCAAUUGCAUUGAGAGUGGCUCGUUGGCAAAGGAAGACUUGAUUGGAAAGGAAAAUUAAAGAAUAAAAUGCACCAAAGGUGGUUUAUAUGGAGCAU